GCGGAGAACGCUUGCUGGGGCUCUGCUGGGCGCAGGCCGCUUCUUUUAGGGGCCGGCUUGGCCGCCACGGUGCUGGUGCUGAUUGGCAGUGAGCUCGCCUGUCGAAGGCUGAGCCGUCUGCGUCUCACCGGCGAGGUCCCAGGUCCGGCAUCGGCGGCGCUGCCCUUGGUGGCAACAUCCGGCUCGCUGCUUUGGAUCGUGGCGACGGUCUGUGGCUGCUAUGCCAUGCACCGGUCGCUCAUGGAUCCGGAGGUGCCCUUCCCGCAGAUCUCGGAGCUGGCGGUCGGGCCCGAUGCAGCGAAGCUGCUCUACAG